GGUAUUUCCGCGCAUGUGCACGCGCUCGCUUACUGUAGAGUCGCGGAGGCGCGCGGAAGGAAAGUGUUGUUGCGGUGUGUCGUUCAUUCUUCACUACAGCCCGGAAACGUCAAAAAGCGACAGAGAGCGAGCUGAGCUGCAGUGACGCGCGAUAUGGACGGACUGUUUCACCAGUGGGGACAGCCCCCGGUGUCCCAAGGCCCUCCGUACGUAGAGAUAAUCGAGCAGCCCAAAGCACGAGGGAUGCGUUUCCGCUAUAAAUGCGAGGGUCGAUCCGCCGGCAGCAUCCCGGGAGAGAAGAGCAACGACACCACAAAAACACACCCUGCCAUCAAGGUUCACAACUACAGCGGUCCCCUGAGAGUGCGGAUCUCCUUGGUAACCAAGAACCAGCCGUACAAACCACACCCACACGAGCUGGUGGGCAAAGACUGCAAACACGGAUAUUAUGAGGCUGAUUUACAGGAGCGCCGGAUACACAGUUUCCAGAAUCUGGGUAUUCAGUGCGUGAAGAAGAAGGAUGUGGGAGAUGCAGUUUCCUGUCGCCUGCAAACGCAGAACAACCCCUUUAAUAUUCCUGAACCCAAGAUCUGGGAGGAAGAGUACGACCUGAACGCGGUGCGCCUGUGUUUCCAGGUGUCCAUCACGCUGCCCGGCGGAGAUCUGUAUCCUCUGGAGCCCGUCGUGUCUCAGCCCAUCUACGAUAACCGAGCUCCGAACACGGCCGAGCUCAAGAUCUGCCGCGUCAACAGAAACUCCGGCAGCUGUCGCGGAGGAGACGAGAUCUUUCUGCUGUGUGAUAAAGUGCAGAAAGAGGACAUUGAGGUGCGUUUCUUCCAGGACUCGUGGGAGAGCAAGGGCUCGUUCUCUCAGGCCGACGUUCACCGGCAGGUGGCCAUCGUGUUUCGCACGCCGCCGUACCGCGACACCAACCUGACGGAGCCGGUGCGUGUGAAAAUGCAGCUGCGCAGACCGUCUGACCGCGAGGUCAGCGAGCCCAUGGACUUCCAGUACCUGCCGUCCGACCCGGAUGAGCACAGGCUGAUGGAGAAGCGCAAGAGAACAGAAGGGAUGCUGCAGAACCUCAAACUGAACAGCAUCAUCACAGGAUCCUCCAUGCCUGCAGACAGACGGCCGUUUAGUACUGCUAAACGAACACUAGGCAUGACUAAACCCCCAGUGCCCAGCAGCAUCCCAGCAGCGGCGUCUGCGUCUGCAGGUGUGUCAGUGAAGCCGCAGACGUCCUCGUUCUUCCCUCCCGCUCCGGGUCAGCUGUUCGCUGCGCCCGCUCAGACUUCACGCAAACCGGAGCCGCCCACCUCCACCGGCGACGCGUGGAAGUUCCUCCAGAGUUUGACCGUAGACCCUCAGCCCAAAGCGGCGCCGGCAAACACCUUCACGAGUCAUAGCACGGCUCCGGCCGGCCUCGCGCAGGACUUCUCCACCGUCAACCUGUCCGACCUGAACGACUUCACGCUAACCAACUUUAUCACGUCGGAUCAGAUGAGCGCGCCGGUCGCCGCAGAACCUGUCCAGAGCGCCGCCGCCACCGUUUCCCAAGAGGUUCAUAACAUGUUCGCCACCGGACCGUUCAGAGUCGACGGCGACGACGAGCUCCCCGAGUUUCCCAGCUUCUCGGAAGUGCAAGGCUCCGACGUCGACAACAUCAACAUCGAAGAUUUCCAAGCCCUGCUGGUUCAGAGCGGCCUUCCCGGCGAAGCGGGACUCGGCAUGGGGAAGCCGGCGUGUCACGGCUCUGCGGCGAGCGACGCGCAGGAGCCGGCGGCCGAUCACGCGGGGAACGGCUCCACGUGGAUGUCCUUCCCCCCCAGCAUCGCCAACCUCAUACAGAACGAGAGCAUGAUGGAGAACGCGGCUCCUCCGGCUCCCGCCGCCACCGACCUCGAUGACCUGGAGGUGCUGAACUCCAUCGACGACGACCGCUUCAUGUCCAUCUUCACCAGCAGCAACCAGGUCGGCUUCUUAUCCGGACACCCGACCUAGAACACGCCGCGGAGCCGCGACGGACUGGAAACGCCGAGGUGAAGGAAUGAUUUGUUUGAAGUUCCUGGUGCCUAAAUGUAUUUAAACUCAGUGCUGUUUUCAAACCCCAUAUAUAUAUGUGAGAUUAAUCCAGACUGUAACGGCUUUAGCGGGUGGCGGUUUUCAUCGGAUGUGCGUCUCGUGUACAGUGUUUAUGUCGUCACGUAUCUUACCUUGUGCGCUAGGAGCAGGUUCACCAGUCAAACCAGAUUUCAAAUGAAUAAACUGUCUCUGAAAACACACAUAGUGCCUUAUUGACCAGCUCAGCCAAUCACUGCACAGCCUCAUCAACCAAUGACUGCUGAGAACACUGAGCUUUAGUGCUUACAGAGGAACAAUAAUAAUAACAAUAAUAAUAAAACAGUUUAUUAAUACACUUUUAAAGGAAUAUCGCAUACCGAAUAUUUUUUCGUUAUUAUAUUUUGUGUCAUUUAAACAGUAAACCUCCCGUGUGCAGCCAAAAAAAUUUGAACGCAAUUGUAACAUUUUUAUUUGAUAAUCUAUUUAAUCUUUUAAAAUGUAAUCAAAUUAAGGUAUAAAAUAUUUAAAAAAAUGAAUGAAUAUUUUGUAUGAAAAAAUUGGAAAAAAAGGAAAAAACUGAUUUUCUGCAAAAUAAAUAAUUGUAAAUGUAAUGUAAAAUUAACAAAUGAAUUAAUUCAGCUGUUAAAAUGUUUUAUGAAUUCAAUUAAUUAGACAUGUUUUGAUUAUAAAAGUUUAAUUAAAUCAUUAAUUAAAUGUGCUCAAAAAAUAAAACUAAACCAGGGCCCAAAAAGGUUUUUUUUUUUUUUUUUUUUUUUUUUUUUUUUUUUUGGUGUAACUUUUCAUAAAUUGCGGCUUAUAAAAAUUCAAUAAAUCAGACAUGCUUUUUAAUUACUACUUUUAUACUUUUAUUAAAACUAAAAUUGCAUUGAACCAGUAAAAUAGAACAGAAACUUGAAAACUGAAACAUGAAAUACAAAUCAAACCAAUCCACGGGGCCCUAAAAGUGUCAUUGUCAUGUUGAUAAAUGUUUGUUAAAUUGUGUGUAAAACUUUCAUGAUGAUUUUAAUUAAUUAGACAUGUUUUUUAAUUACUAAACAUUUAAUGAAACCAUCAAUAAAGGAUCCAGAAAAAUAAAAAAAUGCUGUUAAUGCCAAAAUAAAACAGAAAACAAAACCUGUUUCAUAGUUUAUAUUGGUUAGAAAUUGAAGCUGUUUAAAUGUGCAGGAUUAGCCCUGAAUCCCCAUGAGCACUAGUAAGUGGUCAUGUUUAUCUAGCGCUGCUCCAGAUAUCCAGUCUCUCUGAAUGUUUCAGCUUCGGGUUCUUGAGGCGUCAUCCACAUUCUCUGCUGUUGUUUGUUGUUUAUUCUGGUGGUCCAUUACACACUUUAUGCAUGGGUUCGUCUGACAAUAUCUGGCAAUUUGUGCCAAAACUAGCACUGACAGCUGCGCUCCGCCUUCACAUGCUUGCAAAAGGGAAGCGUGCAACUGAAAGGACUUGUAAAUAGCCGUAAACUAUCUGACCUGAUGAGGAACUUCUUGUAUGUCAGUGACAAUGGUAACCAAGUUAGUACUUCAGUAAACCCAGUGCUGCAGCUUUAAUGCAAUAAUCCUUCAUUAUGUUCUGUUGUAUUUGUAGGCAAUCAUGUUACUGCAAGCACGUUUGUCGUGUUCGUUUUGCAUCACAAACGUUAAUCGCUCAACUUGCAUGGAAAGAGAGACGGAGGCGAUCGUUUCUGUUUUGUGGCCUUACUGCAGUUAAACCUCCUGUUCUGACACAAUUCGAGUGUUGUACAAAUGAAAUAUGCUUUUGUACUAUUAUCUGAGCUGUAAUAAAUGCGUUUAUAUCUUUUAA